AUGACCGUCCCAGAGUCCCCCAUGACGGGGUCUUCAUUCCCGAGUCCUGAUCUGAGGCAUCCGCCAUCGAGCUCACGCGGAAGGGUUGUAUCGACACCCCUGCCGCUGUUCCUAUCGGAUCCAUCUCCAAGCAGCCUGCUUCCUCAGCUCGAGCAGACAAGAUCUGGUGCAAAGGGAAAGGGGAAUGAGGUCAGAGCGGCGCUCAUUUUGCGUCUGUCCCUGCAAUGGGCAAUCGAGCGUGCCGAUGUAGACUUGUUAGGCUGGCUCUUGAGUCUGGACGACCCCUGGCGCUCGAUUUUGGAUGAGGAGGCACAGCUGAUGGAGGAUGAGGAUGGUUGGAGUCCUAUUGGCAUGAUGAUUCAGGCCAGUUGUGGCAGGCAAGAGGCGGAGCAAGGUGUCCGGCUGUUGGUCAGUCGCUGGGAUCUGAAUGUGGGACCAAGAGGAGGUCGGGAUCGAAGUGCGUUUGGAAACAAGAUGUCGCUUACUUUAGCUGGGUGGACGCCGCUACACCUCGCCGCCAUGAUCUCUACUCCGCCGCUGGUGUCUUUUCUCCUGACGCGAGGAGCGUCACCUCAUGAACUUACCCAUCGUGGUUUGACACCGUACGACUUGAUCUCAGACAUUGCGGACAGACAGGAGAUUGCGGUUCUGCUGGACCACGCGAUUUCGGCCGCGCCUCACGCUGCCGAGAUGCAGCACUCGCUGAGCUCUGCGCGGAAGGCCAUGCUGGGCAAGCGGCGGGCAAAGGCCGUGGCAAGAUUGAGAAGGAAGGACGAAGAUGAAAAGCGACAUCAAGUGGAUCUGGCGAGGGAGAAGUGGAUCCAGGAGAUGGCAGCGGUGGUCGAGGUAUCUCCGCAAAUGCUCAUCGAAAAUGAAGGGCAAGAUGAGGGUGCAGGAUUGAGCCACGACUCGAUCGUCUUUUCGCUGUCCCACCUUGACAGGAUCUACGACAUUCUCAUCACGGGCUACCCAACUCAAUGCUGUCCGGUGGCGCGCAGAGCCUUGCCUGCCAACGCGCUGUAUCUACACGCUAAAUUUGCCUACUAUCAAUGUGACGAGACUUGGCUCGAGGAGCUCAUUGAGGGCGCUGUGGAGAGGAUCGAGCAGGGGGUCUACGGAAACAUGGAGAACCUGGCGUACCUUGCAUUCUGGGCUUAUAAUUCGUCCCUGUUACUCCACCUCUUACGGUCAGAUGAAGGCCUGCGGCGCGCGUGCCAGGAGAUGGAGCUCCUCGACAUGAUGGAGGAGCUGAUACAUGCGAUACAUGUCUUCAUCAUUCGAGUCACGGAACGGCGCAUCGACGCGGUGCUUGAUACCGCGCUGCUCGAUCACGAAACCCUGGAGGACUUUGACGAUGUUCGCUUCGAAGGCGACUGGAACUUUUUCAAGUCGAUCCGAGGGAGAAAGGCACCUCCGAAAGCGGUGGACGUAUUUGGUACGCCAAGUACAGACUUUGUCCCAUCUUCCCCCAGUCUGUUUGGAUCGCUGCAGAACGUUGCCAAUGGGUCCCCGUUCAAGUCAUACCGAUCGCAUUCGUCCAUUUCAGAUCUCGACUCUGCAGAUUCUUCCGCCACCGCUGUCGCUCCCCCAUCCAAGCCGCUGCAUGUGACACGAGUCUUAUCUGCAGUUCUCAUGGUUCUGCAGCUGUACGAUAUCAAUCCCAUUGUCACUGUGCAAGCAUUCUCACAAAUCUUUUUCUGGAUCGCAAGCGAAUUGUUCAAUCGCAUCUUGGCGAGGAAAAAGUACAUCUGUCGAUCUAAAGCUGUGCAGAUCAAGAUGAACAUUACGGUUCUGCAGGACUGGGUCCGGGCUAACGGGCUGCCGAGUCGGAUCGCAACGCUGCACCUGGAGCCGGUGACUCAGUUGUUACAAUGGCUCCAGUGUUCGUCCCAAAUCCGACAGUUUGACACCCUCAUCGGAACCCUGCAGAGUCUCAAGGCGCUGAAUCCGCUGCAGAUGAGACGAGCGGUCAGGGAUUAUCGAUACGAGGUCAACGAGGGCAAGAUGACGGAGGAAUGUGCGCAGUAUCUUGUGCAGUUACAAAAGGAUUGGGAGAAGCGCAGAUUGCAGAGCGGCCCGAGGGAGGUGGCAAAGGGGACGUCAAUUGAUGCCCUGUUUGAUGGAUCGACCUCUCUGGCCGACUUUAUCCCUCAGUCGGGUCCGGAGUGCUUGGGCGAGCUUCUCGACAGCAAAUUCAUGUUGCCGUUCCAGCUGCCCACGGGGAAGAGCCUGGUCGCGACGCCGCCGCCAAACGCCGUGACCUCUCCCACUGAGACGAGAUCGAUCCUAGCCUGGACGAUUCCUGACGACUCGCACCUCCGCCAGAUGCCAGACGACUUUAUACGGUGGUACAAGGAGCGCAAGGCUCAGGCGCGCCGCCAGGAGGAGUCCAUCCGACCCAGAAAGUCGCCCUCAACCAAGCGCAUGGCAGAUGCGACACCGAGCCCGGCACUGCGCUCGAGUCAGAGCUUGGAGGCGUUGCGGAAGAGUGCAAAGAUGACGUUUGAGCCGGUCAUGCUGUCUCAUCAACGUUCCGAGAGCUUUGAGCUCGAGGUGAGGACACCCCAGAGCCCAUAG